CUCUCGCCGCGGCCAGCAUGGAUUCCUCUCUUCCUGUUCUCUUCCCCAUCUUCACUUCACUCUUGCUUGAGAGUUUCCAUUCUUUUUUUUUUGGCAACUUCUUUUUUGCCGCCAUUCUUUCUUUCUUGGGUUGCUGCUGGGCCAGCUUGACAUACCCAAUUCCUUGACACUCUUUUUUCAAUCUUCGUCUUCUUCCUUCGUGGCCUAUCCUUUCAAAUUUGCGCUUUUCUGCAUUUCGGGUAAAUCCAGGAAAAGAUGCGUUCUGUUCUGCUUAGUGGCGUGGCCGCCCUGAGCUACGCUUUGGGCGUCUCGGCCAAUGCCUACAACACCUCCGCCUACACCGAUUCGGCCUCUGGCAUCGACUUCCAGAGAUGGUGUGAUACCGACGACACCGGUUUCUGUUUCGGUAUCGCCCUGCCCGAGGAUGUCAGCACCGACUUCAUCGGUCAGCUGACCGUCCCCCUGUCCAGCUCCAAGGGUUGGGGUGGUGUCAGUAUGUCGGGUUCCAUGACCAACGUCCUCCUGAUUGCCGCCUGGCCCGAUGGUGAUUCGGCCGUGGGUACUCUGCGUGAGGCCACGUCCUAUGUCUCCCCGUCUGUCUACAGCGGUGAUGCUUCGAUCGAGGAGAUCCCCGACGGCACCUCCGUCAACAGCACCUACUUGACCUACACCUUCCUGUGCAAGGGCUGCAUCAUCGGUCAGCCCACCACCUUCGACGCCAACUCGACCCAGUACUACUUCGGCUGGGCUCUCAGUGCCUCCAACCCCACGACUCCCUCCUCCGCCUCCUCCAAGAUGCCCUACCACGCUGCCGGCUAUGGUGGUUUCGAGGUGCAGCUGGCCAACGCCAAGUCGUCCAAGUACUCCACCUGGGCUUCCAAGGCUGUCUCGACCCAGUCCACUGCUACUUCUGCUUCCGCCUCCUCCAGUGCCUCCGCAUCCGCCUCUCCCUCCGCCAGCGUUGCCGCCACCGUCUCAAACACGACCUACGAUUACAUUGUUGUCGGUGGUGGUGCUGCUGGUCUGGUUGCCGCUGAGCGCCUGGCCGAGACCAAGAAGAGCGUCCUGCUCAUCGAGCGUGGUGUGGCCCCGACCGUCGAGCUGGGUGCUACCGACUCCCUGUCAUGGAACUCUUCCCUCACCGCGUACGACCUGCCGGCUCUGGGCACCUACAUCCAGAGCUCCGACUACGUCAGCCAGUACCUCUGUGAUGACACUGCCGGUAUGGCUGGUUGUGUUCUCGGUGGUGGUACCGUCAUCAACGCCAUGUCUUUCAUCUACCCCCAGGAUGCUGAUUUCGACGACAAGUGGCCCACCGGCUGGAAGUGGAAGGACGUCAAGGCUGCUGCCGAGCGCCUCUACGCCCGCAACCCUGGUAGCACCCUCCCUUCGGCUGAUGGCAAGCGUUACGACCAGGGCAUGUACACCGUUCUCUCCUCUUUCCUGAAGGGUCUCGGCUGGAAGUCUGUCGACUCUCAGGAGCAGCCCAACGAGAAGCACAUGGUCUACAGCUACCCCUCCUGGGAUGUCGGCAAUGGUAUCCGUGCCGGUCCUGUCCGUUCCUACCUGCCCCUGGUCGAGGACGCUGACAACUUCCACAUGAGCCUGAACACCAAGGUCCGCCGCGUCGUCCGCCGCGGGGGUCGCAUCACUGGUGUUGAGGUCGAGACCUCCUCUGGCAGCGUCGAAAUCAUCAAUGUCCGCGCCGGUGGUAAGGUUGUUCUUGCUGCUGGUUCCAUGUCCACUCCCCGCAUCCUGUUCAACUCCGGUAUCGGUCCCUCUGAACAGAUCAAGACCGUCCAGAGCGGCAGCACUGGCAUCACCGUGCCUCCCUCCGCUGAAUGGAUCAACCUGCCCGUCGGCGAGAACCUCCGUGACCACCCCAUGUUCACGGUCACCGUCAACACCAACAGCAACUUCACCCACUUCAACACCUCCAGUGCCGUCUCCGACCCCGCUGCUCCCAUCCGCAACCUCUACGCCGAGGGCUCCGGUGUCCUGACUCAGGGUGGCCACCGUCUCCAGUUCUGGACCUCCAACGUCGGCACCGACGGCGUCACUCGCUUCUACCAGGCCUCCUGCAGUACCACCGAGGAUGGUGUCAUCACCAUGAAGCUGUACCUCACCCACGGUGCCACCUCCACCGGUGUUCUCGGCAUUGACUCGACCGGCUCCACCACCAUCGAGACUUCCCCUUACCUGAACACCGCCGCCGACAAGGAAGCCCUUACCCGCUUCCUCAACGGCCUGAUCGCCGACAUGAAGAACUCGACCGCUGGCUUCUCCAUCCAGGGUAGUGCGACCGCGUCGAGCAUCAUGGACAAGCUGACUGCCGGUGACCACUACGUUGGUACUGCCAAGAUGGGUGUCGACGAUGGCCGUGAGAGCAAUGGCACCUCCGUUGUUGACCUCAACACCAAGGUCUACGGUACUGAGAACUUGUACAUCGUCGACGGCAGUAUCCACCCCGACCUUCCCACCGGUAACUCCCAGGCCAUCAUCCAGAUCGCCGCCGAGGCCGCCGUUGCCCGCAUUAUCGCCCAGGGCACCAGCGCCACCUCUGCCUCCGCCUCUGCCUCCGUCUCCGUUGCUGCUUCCACCCAGGCCGCCUACGCCUCGACUACUUCCGAGGCCGCUGUCGCCACGGAGACCGAGGCCGCGGCCGUCACCUCCACUGAGGCUGUCACCGCCUCCGCCGUCCCCACCACCGGUACCAUCUCGUCUACCACCGGCUCUUCUUCCUCUUCUUCCUCCGCUGGUUCCUCCAGCGAGUCGGAGAGCAGCACCGGCGCUGAUGACAACGAGGGUGAUGACGAUGAUGACGAGGAGUACGACUGCGACGACGAGGAUGAUGAGGAUGACAGCAGCAGCGGAGUCGAGACCUCCGAGUCCGUGACCGCCAAGGUCGCCGUGGCUACCUCUGCCGCUGCUGACUCGGGUGCCUCUACCACCACCGUGUGGGUGACCUCGACUGCCUGGACCACUACCACUGAUAUGGUGGUGGCUACCAGCACUUCGACCGUGACUGUCUGGCCCACCUAUGCUUAGAUGGGUUGAUCGAUUCAAGGGCGUGACGGGGAAUGGAAAAAGGGCGCAAACCUUGACUGAAGUUCUAGGCCCGUUCCGUUCUCUGUUUGUGUAUCUAUCUAUCUAUUUUUUAUAUAUAGAAUUUACUUUUAUCUACUCUUUCAUAA